CUUUUCCAUCUCAAUUGGAGUCUGUAGACCGUCAUCGGCUUCUGUUCUCGACGUUUCAGCGACUUCCGACUUACUGGUUCGGGCUCAGAGAAACCCUUGUCACUUCAAGUUCUAUUUGAUCCUUGCUACGAGCCGGAAACUGGAGAAGCGAAUCCGCACUUCUUCGUCGUUGGGGGCCGCACUAAGAAUUGUUACGGCUUCUCCUUGACAUCUCUUGACGCCUCGAACUGCGCAUCCGGAUUGCAGUCGUUGCUGUCAACUCUUUAGACAUCGCAAGAAGUCAACUACCAUUGCUCCUUCCCCCGUCGUUCGCACCUUCCAAGCGCCACCUCUACCGCAAGAGCCAUCGCUGCCUUCCUCCGCCUACCCUUCGCAGUCCGAAACCGAUCCGAAUCAACCGUUCACUCCAGACCCUCGCUUUGAUUGCUGUGACCGUCCCUGCGUCUGCAACUUUUGCAUCUAUCAGCGGUCCCUCAACCACGUCUCCGGAAUACGGAUAUCUCGCCUCUCAACCACUAGUGCUCAUCACGGUUUCUCCUGCCAAGGGCUCCUCUAUCGCAUUUGAAUCCAAUAUCCAGAUUCGACCCCAAUCUGAACUGCUUUUGGACUAUUUGUCUCAAGCGAGAUUCAUCCCGAAACAACCCUUUUUGGACUUGGUCCUAUAGCUUCCUGCGAUGGCUUCAAAGGUUGGUCCAAUCCAACUAUCACGAAUGCUCCUUUCACACAACCAUGGCCGGACUGACAUCUACCCUCCAGUUUCUGCGCGAAUACAAAUUGGUGGUAGUAGGAGGUGGCGGCGUGGGAAAAUCAUGCUUAACUAUACAACUUAUUCAGAGCCACUUUGUAGACGAGUAUGACCCUACGAUUGAAGAUUCAUAUCGCAAGCAAUGCAUGAUUGAUGAGGAGGUCGCCCUCCUCGAUGUCCUCGACACGGCCGGCCAAGAAGAAUAUUCUGCUAUGAGAGAACAAUACAUGAGAACGGGUGAAGGCUUCCUGCUCGUCUACUCCAUAACAUCACGACAAUCCUUUGAAGAGAUCAUGACAUUCCAGCAACAGAUUCUACGUGUCAAAGACAAAGAUUAUUUCCCGAUCAUUCUCGUCGGCAAUAAGUGCGAUUUGGAGGGAGAAAGAGCUGUAUCUAAAGAGGAGGGCGCACACCUGGCUCGACAAUUUGGCUGCAAGUUCAUCGAGACAUCCGCAAAGUCACGAAUAAACGUUGAUAACGCAUUCUACGAUCUGGUUCGAGAGAUUCGGAGGUACAAUCGUGAAAUGUCGGGAAAUUUUGGCGGCGCGCCCCCUCUUGGUGGACACGGUCCUGGUCAAAAGUUCGAGGUCGAUAACCAAGCGGACAAUGCAGGAUGCUGCAGCAGGUGUGUGGUGAUGUAAAAAGGGCGACGACGGACACAACAAAAGUUCAAAAUGUUGCUGAACACUGUUUUCGCGGCACGGAGUUGAGAGUAUGUCUCUAUGGGCGCCAUGCGACUUGAUUGACUGGGUUUUGGCUUGCACUUUGGGUGCACUUUGGGGACCACUCAAACGGUCUUUUGCGAAUCAAGAGUUUACUGGCUUGCGCCACACAGAAAAGGGACCCGGGUCUUGUUAUUGGAGUGGGCAAUGAUAGAAGCCUGGCGGGGCAUUUCAAGCAAUUGGUGUACGAGUCUGCUACAGUCUAUGAGUAAGUGCUGCGAAAUGGUACUUCGUAGGCAUCAGGCGCUCUAUUCUAGGACAGAAAUGAUGAUAUACUCCCUACGUG